AUGAUGAAAGUGUAUGCCUAUUUAAUCGUGACAGUUCUACAUAUCGUGCUGGACAUCGCUGUCUGUGAUCUAGAUCCUUGCGAGGAUGGGUACGAGAUUGCUAAGGAGUACACUGACUGUUGGAGGGACUCCAAGUUCGUCAACAAAACUGCCAAAAUGUCGGUCCCCCAGGCAGAAUACACGGCCAAGGAUGUGGAGGAGUACGCCACACACAUGUGCAGAGUGGUGAAACCGGAAGCUCUCAAGUGUUUAAGGCGACAGUUGAGCAGAUGCACCAACAUUAAGAAAAUCCUUGAGAUGGCAGACAACAGCGGGGGUACAUGCGAUCACUACGAGCUGGACGACCAUUUCAAGCACUCAAUAAUUGAACACCUGCCCUCUGUGAGGAGUGACUCGCCUUGCUUCAACAUCAGCGACACGUCCAACUGCUACGACAACGCGGCCACCACCAUUCGUCGGCAUGGGGUUCCUAUCAGUAAAUUUCAUUACGAGGCCGACAAGUUUUUUGCCAAAAUUUGGGAGUGCCAGGUCAGACUGUACAAAUCAAACUCAAAAGUGUGUCCAAAUUGGCAGCUGCCCAUGUUGCUGUCACUGCAGGAUAUGGCGAUGCCCACCUUGUUUGGGAUGAAACUAACGGAAGAACACGUCUCAAUGUUGGAGUUCAACAACGAGGAGUCCACGACUAGAACCACCCCGACCCGUCCUCCAAAAGCAGACAGCGAAGUGAAGAGCAAGUUCUUCAUCCUGUUGAGAGUUCUCGCCCAGAGACCGGAAGCUGUAGAUGGAGAUGUGGUGAUUCAGGUCAAUGCCGGGGAGGGUGUCGGGGAUAUCAAGGCCAACGUCAAACACACCAAUGUGAUAGACAAGAAAAAGAACAAAGUUAACAAGGGUCAGAAGGCCAGGAAAGAGAAGACAUGGAAUCAGGACAUCAAUAACCAGAUGAUAAAUUAA